GAGCAGGGAUAUUUAGAAGGGCUUGCAUCAAGGUACGCAGACCUCUUCAGAACGCAUUACGGUGAUGUCCUAGAGCCUCUCGAAGAACUACGUCGACGAGAAACAAAUGCUUCACCCAGAAUACCCAACACUCAACUCACUACCAGUCAUUCACAACCCAUUUAUGUGCCCGGAAAAUAUUCACCGUCAAGCUGCUUAAGUGAUAAAGAAGAAGAUGAGAUUUAUGGUUUCGGUUACGGUGUAUUCGGACGACAAAUGCUUCAGCAGAGACAACAAAAAUUGGCCUUAGCUACACAAAAUACCUUAAUUUCUACGGGACUUCAACAACCUUAUCAGAGUUGUCUGAGUCCACGAUCGGCAUUUUUCUACGAAUUUCCACCAAAUGAACAAGGCCAAAGUACGAGUAAGAAGAAAACAACAUUUUCGCGACUAUUAAGAGGACUUAAAACUCAUAAAAAAGAAAAACAAGGUCAAUCACAUGGAUCGCCAAGGCAUGGACGAACAAGAAUGGGAGUGCCACAGAGGGUGGAUACACCAGAUAGUGUACUGCAGAGUGGACUUGGUUUGGGACCUGAAAUGGGACAUACAAUUCUUAGAUCAAUGGUAGAUCCUAGAGACUAUGAUAGACUCCGGUAUUUGCAGAUGAAUGGUGGUCAGCCGAAUAGCUUUGAAGAAACUAUUCACAGACUAAAAGUACAAGAUGCACUAAAGAAGAAAGAACGCUUCCACAAAGAGCAUGAAGAGAUUUUACGUGAUAUACGACAAGGUUUGAUGCAGUUGGGUCGUGACAGUCGAAGUCAGCUUCCUGGAGAUGAUACUUAUAUGUACGAUGAAGACGCAAGAUGUGGCAUAACAUGUGUGGGACAACAUUGGUAUGAUGAACCUCCGUAUGAAUCUGAUCCUGAAGAUUUUCUAAUGGGUGCUAGUGGUGGACCAGUUCCUACUGCUACAAUUCAAAAUGAAAGGGUGUGCUUUACGCUAAACGUUCGACCUGAAAAUCGUGGUGAAGGCGUAAUAUCCUUACGAACAGCAGGAGACAUCAGUUUGCCUCGAGAUCGUUCACGGAAAGCAGCGACAUCUAUGAUGAGAGGUCUCAUUGUACCUCAAGGUCACAAUAAUCCUCCAACUAUAAUCCCACUGACGCACUCGAGAGCUUCCCGAGAAAGUGGCGACUAUGCUAGCAGUGAUGUUCAGAGUGUGAGUUCGAGACUGUCGACUAUGUUAGUGGACACAGGCGAGAGUGAACAACUUUCAGUGGGUGGCCAUCCAGGCCACUAUCGCCGACACCACCAUCGUUACCAAUACAGCAACCACUACUUUCGCCACUUGGCAUCACCCCGAUCUAAUCAACGUCAUCCUGUCACAACUACUAGUAGUACGAGCUCUAUCACCACUACCAACACCAUGAUCACAGCCCUGUCAUCAAAAUCCAUUCCAAGACGACUUAAACCCGGAUAUAGUCGAAGCAGUGGUGAAGAAGGUCUAUCACCAAGCCAAAGCAGUGACUACGAAGACCAAGAAGAAAUGGAGAAUCAACACUCUGCAGCUGUCCACACAUCAGAGGCUAGCGCAUUAUUGGAAAGCAAUGACGCGCGGACAGGAAUUGCAGGAAGAGCUAGAAAUUUGAGGCAUGAUGUUCAAAGGAAAAUCACAAGGCUGAAACAAGAUAGAGCUUCCUCAGAAGCUUUCCCUUGCAGCGCCAGCAGUGUUGAAAGUCUACCUAGUGGAAGUGGUUCUAGCACUCAAGCUUUAGUGAGGGCCGGCAGUAAUCACAGUUCAAUAUCCUGCGAAGACAGAGAUACCGUUAGUCCGACAGCUAUUGGUCCUGUACUUUGUCGAGCACGUGCACUUGUGGAUUAUACUCCCAGUCCUUAUGACAAAGACGCCCUUAAAUUUAAGAAAGGUGAUGUUAUCGAUGUUGUUCAAAUGAACACAAGUGGUUUAUGGAAGGGUGUACUGCACAAUCGAAUUGGCCACUUCAAGUUUAUAAACGUGGAGAUAUUGAACGAACGAGUGCCACGUCGUGGUGAGCCUGAACGACCAAAGUGGAGCCAGAGGUACAGGCAGAAACCAGGCUCAGUUCAAGAGCUUUUACAGAGAAUGAAUCUUCAGGAACAUAUACCGGUGUUUGUUUUGAAUGGUUAUGAAGAUCUCGAACUCUUCAGGGAAAUAGAGCCAGCAGACCUUGACUAUCUACGCAUUCAUCAGCCCGAACAUAGAGCAAAAAUACUUACAGCCGUACAGCUGCUACAUGAUCUACAGUCUGGAAGCGAGGGUGACUUGGCAUCUAGUUCAGAAGGCGAUGAAAUCAACCGUAUAGCAAUAUCAUCUGGUCAAACUUCAGGACACUGUUCUCCAUUUAGUAGACGACAAUUUCCACGUGAUUCUGGUUGUUACGAUGCUCACAAAAAUUCGUCAAGAAGAACUGUAAGCCCAGAAACAACCAAGCUGACGCGCGAAAACAACCUCAGUUCAUCAAUGUCGGUUAGCAAGUGCACUGAAACAAAUGUUCUGUCUGAGGUUGGAUCUAAAGAUGAUUAUCAUCCCAAUAUACCUAUCUCAAGUGCAAUACAAAAGGAAGGUUUAUUCGAAAAGUCACCACAGCUGCGCAACACUAGUGGCAAUGUUAGAUUUAUAGCCAAAAGAGGCAACUUGAGUGAAACUGUCGUAAUUGGAGAUGAUAUAGGACCGAGUAAACUAGCCAUGUCUAAGUAUGCAGUUGGUGGCAGUAGUGAUCUCAGUUUGACUUGUGAAGGUGUUACAACUACUGUAGGUCUUGGCCAACGUGGAUGUCUCAGUGAAAAGUCAAGCGACUCCGGAGUUAGUUCAUCAAGCAUCAGUUCAGCUCCUCCACCACGAGACAAAAUUUUAGUUACUGCAAUUGUUGAUUCUCCAACAAAAAAUUUUAGCAACUUUGUACGUGGUUCACCAACAUCACAAAAUUCUGUAACAAAAGGUCAAAAUGAUUCUAGUUAUCAAUAGAAUCAUGCACAAAUCCAUAAACUGUACAUUGAUACAUAAUGAACGAUGAAUUAAUCAGAACAAUUUAAUAGAUCAAUUUAGAAAUACAGUUAAGUACGAAUAUGAGAAAAUGUGUUAGCUGGUCUGAUUCAAAAAUAGAAUUUAUUAUAAUACUAAUCUUUAACAUAUAUUUAAAAAUUUCGAAAAUCGCAUUUAUUAAUAUAAUGAUUAAUACUUGUAAUUAUUGCUAAUAUUUGUUUAAUUAAUUUAUUAUUUUUACAAAAGCUUUUUUCCAUACGAAUGGUCACAAAUUUAUAAUCAUUUAUCGAUACAUACUUUAACGAUAAAAAUAACAUAUAAGUUAUACUUAGUGUUAGUAUUUUUUCACAAUUUUUU